GGGGGGCUGCAGUGUAAAAGUGGACACUGUCCCUUUAAGAAGAGCUGCGAGCAGGUUGAGCAGCGAGGAUCAGUAUUUGGCAAGCGCAUUGAUUUGCAUCCUCGUCAGUAGCAAAGAUGUCCUCGCCGAGGACAAUCACCGUCAUGGCGCUCUCUCUCGCCCUCGGCUUCUUCUUCCUCUUCAUGGGAACCAUCAAGCUCACGCCCAGACUCAGCAAGGACGCCUACAGCGAGAUGAAAAGGGCGUACAAAAGCUACGCCAAAGCCCUGCCAGGCCUGAAGAAGAUGGGCAUCAGCUCUGUGCUGCUGCGAAAGAUCAUGGGCUCCCUGGAGGUGGGCUGCGGCGUGGUUCUCACCCUGGUGCCGGGCAGACCCAAGGACGUGGCCAACUUCCUGCUGCUGCUGGUCAUGCUGGCCGUGCUCUUCUUCCACCAGCUGGUGGGUGACCCCCUCAAGCGCUACGCCCACGCCCUGGUCUUCGGCAUCCUGCUCACCUGUCGCCUGCUCAUCGCUCGCCAAAGCGAUGAGCGGGAGGAGAGCCGGGAGGAGCAGCAUCAGCAGCAUCAGCAGCACGUCAACGACCAGGAGAAGAACAAAGUCAAGCAGUCUUAAGGGAGGAAACUUGGAACUGGUGACCACUGGUCCUCAACAUGACUGAAAACAAUCAUACCUGUCCACUCAUUCCAUUGUCCAAACCACCUAAACUCUCAAUGGUCUUCAACUUUAUAGUGUCUUCAACCUGUCCACUCCUUCAAUUGUCCAAACCACCUAAACUCUCAAUGGUCUUCAACUUUAUAGUGUCUUGAACCUGCCCACUCAUUCCAUUGUCCAAACCAUUUAGGCUCUGAAUGGUCUUCAAAUGUAUAGUGUCCUCAAACUGCCCACUCAUUCCAUUGUCCAAACCACCUAAACUCUCAAUGGUCUUCAACUUUAUAGUGUCUUCAACCUGCCCACUCAUUCCAUUGUCCAAACCAUCUAGGCUCUCAAUGGUCUUUAAAUGUACAGUGUCUUCAACCUGCCCACUCAUUCCAUUGUCCAAACCACCUAAACUCUCAAUGGUCUUCAACUUUAUAGUGUCUUCAACCUGCCCACUCAUUCCAUUGUCCAAAC